UUCGUGCGUAAAAUGUGCGUAAUUUGCGUAAUUCGUGUUCCAGGGCCAAACUGAGUAAAGGUCCCGGUCGAGAUGUGACAAUCCCUGAACCAUAUAUUCAAUUUACUGACAGGUGAUUGCGGUUCGUGCACGCCCCUUCCUAAAAGCCCCGCGACACUUCCCUCUUAAUCUAAUUGGAUGAUAAGUGGGUGCGUACUGUGGAGCCCGGAGGCAAAACGCGGCCUUUUUUCCUCCCUUUGGAGUCUAUUCUCGUCACAGCCCCUCGCGGUUUUCAUCUCAAAGCCCAUUUGCUAUUGUACCUGCCCAAUGGCAGAGACAGAGCGCGCUUAAACUCGGGUGGCAUUUUUAUUUCAUCACUACAAUCCGGUGCAAGGUUGACGCAGUGAUCUCUGUGCUCUCAAGCUGAUCAUCAUCCCUAGGGAGCUGGACCCAGAUUCGGCGACUUUUUUCCAUUUUUUCUCCCUCUUCUUCUUUCUCCCUCUCUCUCUCUUUCUUUUUUUAAACACACACUACAAAACAAAACAACCUUUUUCGGUGUUUUACUCCUCUUACGAAGUUUUAAUGGUGAUCCACAUCGGACAGUAAACGGUGAUGGCAGACUCUGAUGCGCAAGAGCCACGCCAACCCGCGAAAGACUCUCCGUUCUCCAUCAAGAACUUGCUGAAUAUCGAAGACAAACCUACGAAACCGAAAAGCCUGCUCGGCUCGCCCAAAGGAGUGUUUGAGGGCAGCUUCUUCUCUCGGCUGGGCGACUUGUCUUUCCCUCGGUUUGAGUUGCCCGCACAGAGAAUCGGAUUGUCAGCGCAGUAUUUGGAGCGAGCGUCCACCUGGUGGUACCCAUACACGCUCGGGACUCAUAUCAGGACUGCAGGGUCUGAAAAGGCCAACUUGAGGGAAACAUCGCCGGCCCUGGACAGGCGCUCCCCGGAUCUCCAGAAAAGUGACCAAGAUGCCAAAGAGGAAAGCGCAGACGAAGACAUCGCUCUGGAUGACAGUGACUCAGAAGAGCCAAAGAAAGAAACAGAGCAGGAGGACGACUGGAGGAGAAAAACCGAUGAGCUCGACUCGGAUAGGAAGCCCUGCAGGAAGAAGAAGACGCGCACGGUGUUCUCCAGGAGCCAGGUCUUCCAGCUGGAGUCCACCUUCGACAUUAAGCGCUACCUGAGCAGCUCGGAGAGGGCCGGCCUGGCCGCGUCGCUGCACCUAACGGAGACGCAGGUGAAGAUCUGGUUUCAGAACCGGAGGAAUAAGUGGAAAAGGCAGCUGGCUGCAGAGCUGGAGGCGGCUAACCUGAGCCAUGCGGCGGCGCAGAGGAUUGUGCGGGUUCCUAUACUUUACCACGAAAACGGAGCCUCAGAGACGACCGGGGGCCCUGCUGCAAACUCACCGAGCAGCCAGUCACUGCUGGCUUUCCCCCAUCACAUGUACUAUUCCCACCCGGUGCCUCUGCUCAGGCCUGUUUAAUGCUGAUUGCUGUACAUAUGUUUUUAAAGAGUGACCACUGGAAAAAAAAUGGAAUUUUGUAUAUUUGUAUAGCUUAUUUGAGGACAAAAUGUCACAUUAUUAUUAUUAUUAUCAUUAUUAUUAUUAUUAUUAUUAUUAUUAUUAUUAUUAUUAUUAUUAUUAUAUGUAAGCAGCCUUUAUCCUGCUGAUGCUUCUUUGAGCUACACAAACACGGACUGAAUUUGUGAUAGGCCUACAGGACGUCAAUUUAGAAAUGUUACUUUUAUUUUUAUUAGUGUAAAUGUUUUUUGCUCAAAGGUUGUUAAAUAUAUAUUUGAGUGUUUUAAUUUUAAGAAAAUAACGUGUUUCAAACAGGGUUAAAUAUGUAAAUGUAUUUCUCAGAGAUUUGUGUCAGUGUUUGUAGCGAAACAAAUGUGGAAAUUAAUAUUUUGAUAUCUUACAAUAUUGUGCAAUACCGUUGGCUUCACGUCAGGCUGCCAGCCUUUGUUGUCUUUAGUUCAUUUUCACAGUAGAAAAAAGAAAAGUCUCUUUGAAAUAGUGAGGACAAUCAUGUGAUCCUUAAGAAAAUCUCCAAAAAGCUGCAGGUGACAGACAAUUGUUUUUUUGACGCAAUUUUUUGUCACUAAUUUCAAAGCCAUGAAAGAGCCAAAAUUAGCCUCUGUUUUGUCUGUUUUUUUUCUCUGGUAAUGUCUGUGCAUAAUAUG